GAUUCACAAUUUCUUUCAACAACAUUAUGAGAAUUUGUCAAACAAUGUAUCUAUUGCUUAGUGGUUAUGGACUGCUGACAGGAAUCGAAUAAUACAUUGUAAAAAUGGCCGUUAGAAAAUCCAAGGAUAUGUUCUUUAAGAUCAAGAACUUCAAAUUCUCAUUGCUCACUUUACUCACCUAUGUCUUUGAUUGGAUCAUUUACACGUUCGUGAAUACCUCAUAUCGUCUGAAAUCUUUCCAUGAAGUGAAUUUGCUAAAUUCAACAUAGUGUAUUACUCAUAACAUUUGUUGCAUACAGAAUGAACUCACAUCCAAAAUAUCAUGAAUUUUCCCUAGCUGACGACUCCCUUGCCCACACUUUUUACCGUGAUGAUGAUAAUUUAGUUCCAACAAACGCACUCCUUGUCAUUUCCUUAGCCCUUCCUAUUAUUCAAGUCAUUUCAAUCUUUGGGUUUUCCUCAAGUUGCAUGAGUAGAAAACUUUGGAAUAUUCAUUGUGCCUUAUUAGCAUUUCUAGCCUCUCAUAGCUUCCAAACAGCAGUUGUCUCAAUUUUGAAAAUUGUCACGGGUGCUCCUAGACCUGAUCUUAUCCAGCGUUGUGUUCCUUCAAGCUUUGAUUUACCCCCAUUUGGAUCACUUUCGAAUGUUGCCAUAUGUACAAAUGCUGUUAUUAGAGAGAUUGAUGAAGGUUUUAAAAGUUUCCCCUCGGGACAUGCUUCAACAUCAUUUACUUCAGCAACCUUCAGUUUUUUUGUGUUUGCAAGUCGUCAUAGAAUCUUUGAUAAUAGAGGUGUUGCAUUCAAGAUUUUUGUCUCGAUUUUACCAUUCUUUUUUUCAACAUUCAUUACAGCUACAAGAUACUCUGAUAACCGCCAUUUUUUCAUUGAUCUCAUUGCAGGAGUCUUGAUUGGCAUUUUUGCAAGUUGUGUUGGUUAUCAUUUCUACUUCCCUUAUUUCAAAGAUGUCAAGAAUGGAGGAAAAGCUUUCCCACCUAGAAGAAUUGGAGCAGAAAAGAAGUAUAAAGGUGUUGGUGGUUUUUGGAAGUUACCAGAAGAUGACCUUUAUGAGUAUGAUGAUCGUGCCUCCACAAUUGAUGAUGAAAGCUCAAGUGGAUCAAGUACUGACUCGCCACUUCCUCCAAAAUCUAAGCAUUCAAAUUAUGCGUACAACAAAUCAAGGCCCCACACCAGCACGACCAUGUAUACAGUCAAAUUGAAACCCGAUAAAGGUGAAGUUUAAACAAUUCAAUAUUAAUCCAUGGGAAAGAGCAUGUAUGCCCAUUUGAACACAAAGUUGCAGAUUUAUAAAGAUGCAAGAGCACCCUUUCACUUGUCUCUUCGCUUUGCAAUUAUUUUUCAAUCAUCUCUUUGAUCUUAUAUCAUCCAAUAUAUUACAUAUCAGUCAUUAAUUUAGACAUUUAGACCUUUAACAUCUCGUAGUACCAAUUCAAAAUCAAUAGUAUUUGAGCUAAAUAGGCUGUAUUACCGGAGAUAAUCUUUAUAUCGAUCAGAAUAUAUUACAUUGUACGCUGAAAUUAGGCGAUCAACAAUACCUAUUUAAUAAGGAACCCAACUCCUACUAUUAAUUAGUUGAUCUUCUAUGGCAAUAUAAUGACUGAUAUUUGAUUGAUAAUUAUAUUAUAAUAACUAUAGCGCCUAGCUGAUCAGCUGCUGAUAAAUCGACGACUUCACAGCUAGAAAGUUAAAUUAUAC